CCAUAGCCAAACAUUAUAUUAAUUGUGUGCAAAUACAUUUACAAUGGAGUUGCAUCACCACCAAUAUUAUGUAUUCACACUUUUUUCUGUUAUUUUUGUGGUAAGUCAUGCAGCAAAUUUAUCUCCUGAGGUGUAUUGGAGAGUCAAAUUUCCCAAUACUCCCAUGCCCACACCUAUCAAAAAUGCACUACAUAUUAAUGAGAAACCUGCAUAUAAUGGAGAUGGAAACACCAAAAUAUCACAACCAUGGGGAGUGGGUGCAUGGUAUCAGGCUGCCCCAGAGGACGAGCUUCACAAAAUACGCCAACCAUUUGGAGUUUAUAGAUGGUAUCAGGCUGCCCCAGAGGACGAGCUCCACAAAAUACGCCAACCAUGGGGAGUUUUUAGAUGGUAUCAGACUGCCCCCGAGAACGAGCUUCACAAAGUACACCAACCUUGGGGAGUGGGAUCAUGGUACAAUGAUGCUGCUAAGAAAGAUCUUAAUGACAAUCACCCAGUGACGCCAUACUUCUUUGAAACAGAUUUACAUCAAGGGAAAAAAAUGAACCUUGAGUCUCUCAAAAACUACAAUCCAGCACCCAUUUUGCCACGCAAAGUUGUAGAUUCAAUCGCUUUCUCAUCAGACAAAAUUGAGGAAAUUCUUAAUCACUUCUCCGCUGAUAAGGACUCAGAACGUGCUAAAGACAUCAAAAAAACAAUCAAAAUGUGUGAAGAACCUGCAGGUAACGGAGAGGUAAAACAUUGUGCCACUUCUUUGGAAUCUAUGAUUGAUUUCACCUUAUCUCACCUGGGAACAAACAAAAUUAUAGCAAUUUCCACUCAAGUAGAGAAGGAAACCCCAGAGGUGCAAACAUAUACCAUCGAAAAAGUGGAAGAGAAAGCAAAUGGCAAAGGUGUUGUAUGUCACAAAGUAGCUUACCCAUAUGCAGUACACUUUUGCCAUGAUGUAGGAAGCACUAGGACAUUUAUGGUGUCUAUGGUGGGUGCUGAUGGAACAAAAGUUAAUGCAGUAUCAGUAUGCCAUGAAGAUACUGCAUCCAUGAACCCUAAGGCAUUGCCUUUUCAGUUGCUCAAUGUUAAGCCUGGAGACAAGCCUAUUUGCCAUUUCACUUUGGACGAUCAAAUUGCCCUGUUUCCUUCUCAAAACGCAGAUCUUCAAGUGGCUGAAAACUAACAUGAAGAAAGUUCAGUCAUUACCUGCUUCCUCCGUUGCAAUAGUCACAAUGCUUCAUCUAAUAGUGUAUCUCCCUGAUGUAAAUACCGUUUAUCGCAAUGUUUUGUGUAAUAAUGCUUGCGCUGAUGCAAGAACUGUUUAACUGUUGAUCAUGCUUCAUCAUGCACGAUGUUUGCAUGUGUGGGUGAAAACGUUUGGUUGGUAUUUCAAAUAUGGUUGAUGAAUAUAUGUGGUAAUGGAGAUUAUGACAUCUUGUUUUCAAAUA